UGAAAACCCCAGAAAAUCUAAUUCACAUUUUGACAACCAUUAUUUGGGUAACAGCUGGGCAUCAUGCAGCUGUGAACUUUGGACAGUACAUGUACGCUGGAUACUUCCCAAACAAGCCUACAAUUGCUCGUACCAAUAUGCCAACCGAAGAUCCGUCUGAGGAGUUUUUCAAGAACUUUUUGAAGAAACCCGAAAUGGCACUGCUGAUGUGCUUCCCCUCACAGAUUCAAGCAACAAAAGUGAUGGCUGUCUUGGAUGUGUUAUCUAAUCAUUCACCUGAUGAGGAGUAUCUUGGUGAGAAUCUGGAGUCAUCCUGGGCUGAAAAUCCUGUGAUAAAUGCUGCAUUCGAGCGGUUCAAUGGAAAUUUGAAGAGGCUGGAAGGAAUUAUUGAUGAGAGGAAUACCAACUUGAAACUGAAAAACAGAGUUGGAGCAGGUGUUGUUCCAUAUGAGCUUUUGAAGCCAUUCUCAACACCUGGGGUCACGGGAAUGGGAGUUCCUAACAGCAUCUCCAUCUAAAUUUGAUGAUGAUGCUCUAAAAACUGUACGAGUACUUGGCCCUUAAUAAAUGAAUGAAUAACAUGGGUUGCCUAAAAGUUCUGUUCAAAA